CCUUUGAGCUAAUGCAUGAGAUAUAAAGCCUUCGGGUCUCCCAGCUAGAGUGUGAGAAAGAGAGCUAGCUAGGGUUUCCCUUCCAGGCUACUCUGCUUCUGCUUUUAAACAGAGAUUUUAAAUCUUUUAAAGUACUUUUUGUUUUGUUAAAGAGAGAUGACUAUAAUGGGUGAUCACCGUUCCGGUGCAGUUGCAUUUGGCAUCUUAGGUAACAUCGUCUCAGUCCUUGUAUAUCUCGCUCCAGUACCAACAUUCUACCGAAUUUACAGAAAGAAAUCAACGGAGAGUUUCCAAUCACUGCCAUACCAGGUGGCAUUGUUCAGCUCAAUGCUAUGGCUGUAUUACGCGUUGAUGAAAAAGGAUGCUUUCCUUCUCAUCACCAUCAACUCAUUUGGAUGUAUUGUGGAGACUGUAUACAUAUCUAUGUACAUAGCUUAUGCAACAAAGAAUAGCAGGAUGUCUGCUAUGAAACUCUUUGUAGCUAUGAACGUGGGGCUUUUCUCUUCCAUUCUUAUUCUCACACAGUUCCUGGUGAAAACUUCAAUUCGUAUCCAGGUCCUUGGUUGGGUUUGCGUUGCCAUCUCUGCAUCUGUCUUUGCAGCACCCUUAAACAUUGUGGCACGAGUUAUUCGAACAAGGAGUGUUGAGUUCAUGCCUUUCAACUUAUCAUUUUUCCUCACAUUGAGUGCAAUAAUGUGGUUUGCUUAUGGACUAUUUACUAAGGACCUCUGUGUAACUCUCCCGAAUGUUCUAGGCUUCAUCCUGGGGAUGCUCCAGAUGCUGCUGUAUGCAAUUUACAGAAACACCAAAAAGGUUGUAGAGGAGAAGAAGAAGAAGAAGCUGUCAGAAGAAAUAGAAACUAUAGACGUUGUCGUCAGCACAUUAGGCGUCUCUGAAAUUUAUCCCGUAUCUGUAGUUGUAGAUACUAACACUAAUAAUACAAAAGAAGAUGAUAAGAAAGAGAAUGAACAGACAGGGGACCCCGAUCAAACCAAUCACAAAAGCUUGAAAGAUUCCAGUGACCUCCACUCAAAUGAAUCAUGUCCUGUUUGAUUAAACACUAUAGUUUACCCAGUUAUCAUUUAAUUUGUUGACACUUCUGAUGCCUCAAACUGCUUUCCUCAUUUCUUUUCAUAUCUCUUCUAGUUUUUGUUCCAUUCCAUUCCCCACCCUAGCCCUUAUCCACAGAACAAAUGAGCCAGUGGCCGCUCCAAAAAUCAUGACUACAUAUGUAUUAUAGUUUGCCCCAUGUCUAUUUAUCUUGUAUGUCAUUGAUCCAGAAUAUGUACUCUUUCUCCCGUUUUCCAAAAAAUCUAAGUAUGGCUCUCUUUGGUAUUGUUCA